AUGGACACUCCAGUCAAUGUGAAUGAUUCUGAAAGCUCUGAUACAUCAUCCUCAUCUUCUUUAUCCUCAUCCUCAUCUUCAACCCCCAAGAAGCGCAAGCACAAAUCCAAAAAGAAGCACAGCAAGGGUGCUAAGAAACACAAGGAAGAGCACAAGAAGUUUCGACAGCGUGUACAAACACCAAGUGAAAUUGUAUGCCGCUACAAAUCCAUCCUUAAAACAUUACCAAAAGCAAAGACCAUGACCAGGGCCUUCCAGAAGCAUGCCAUUGACAGGAACACUGUGGUGUCCACUUCAGCGAUUGGAGAGCUCGCUAUUGCUGCUCCUGAGGUAUAUGAAGAGGUACUGGCCAAGAAGCCUGGUGGAGAGACAGUGCUGGCCUUUGCUAAGCGGUGUGAGGCUGCUAUUCAAGGAGAUGAAGAUGUGAAAGAGAAAAUAGAAAGCAUGAAGGCUGGGUGUACACUUCUCCCCAUUAGGAGAAGCAAACCUGUUUAAUGGCUGUUUGCACUUGGUUGUGUUAAAAGUUUAGGUGGCAUGUUGUUUUAAGUUAAAGUGAAAACCAAAAUUUAAAAUGCAGCAGUAUGUGAGGGUUGUUUUUGGUUUGUUUAGGUUUUUACUGAAAACUGUUUGUUUUUUUAGGUAGGGACUUGGUAAACAUUUAGAUGGAUUUAAUUUAAAAUCUGGUAUAAGGAAUGUGGUGAGUAACAUUUUGUUUAUUUCAAAGACAUUUUUAUUUAAAGAGUAAAUUACCAUAAUAAAGGUCUGUGCACUUUUAGUUGACAGUUUAAAUGUCAGUCUCCUUUGAACUUUGUAUUUUGUUGUGCAAAUAAAACUAUUUUUCUCAUUUCUGUUGUCAUGACAUUGUGAAGAUUUUUAUUGCAUAAAU